CAAAACUCUCAUUUCCAUUUUCACGCUUUCUCUGCCACUCUUUUAAUUCAUCGGUUUUCCUUGUUUUUUAAAUAGUACCGACCGCCGGCGAUUGUUCGCCGGAGAACAAAAGAAUCUCGCAGGGGGAAAGAGAGAUGAAGGCACUGGUGAGUGAUGAUGUUCGCGAGAAUUCCCAAGGCAAUCACGUUACGUCCUCGUGCCGUCGCGUAUUUCGGGAACUUUAACCGUAUCUGAAAAGAAAUAAAAACCCUCAAGCAAAAGCGACUUAACUUAGCAGAGUUUUGAAGUUAUUCUAUGCUUUGUCCGGCAAAACUGAGGCAGAAUUAGUAUAUAAUAAUCAAAGCUUAUGAGUCCCGAGUCUUGGUAAACCGCAUUGAAUUUUGGCCCUCCCCAGAAAAAUAUUAUGAAUUUCUGUGUUGAUGGCCUUUGGCUGACCUCAUCGCUAAGCCAUAAUAUGUCUUCCAGUUAUCAAAGCGAAGAAUCAGAAAGAGCUUGAAGAGCUGCCGUGGAAGCAAAAGGGGUUUUUGUUCUGAUCUGUUUUUAUUUAUUUAUAAUCAAAAGCUGUGAAAAUUAUCAAUAUGCCUUUCCCAAUGAAGAUCCAGCCUAUCGAUUUCAGCCCUUCGGAAGAGGUGGUGCCGCCUCUUUUGGAGACGGUGAAGCCGGUGGUGAAAUCGCGGUUCAAGAGGCUGUUUGAGCGCCAGUUCCCUAGCAUUCUGAGGAAUUCCGCGGCGGAGAAGGUGGAUGCUGAUGAGCUGCCUUUUAGCAAAGAAUGCACCACCGCCGAGCUGGAACCGAGCUCCUUUUGCUUGGCGAAGAUGGUGCAAAAUUUCAUCGAAGAUAACAACGAGAAACAACAAUCUGGUGCCGUUAGGUGUAGCCGUAACCGCUCUAACUGCUUCAAUCGUAACUGCAACGACAGCUCCGAUGACGAUAUGGAUGGUUUCGGUUUCAGCGACUCCAAUCUCUCUUCUUCAGCUGAAGCAUCUGAAAUUCUAAAGAGCUUGGUUCCUUGUGGGAGUGUGAAUGAAAGGAAUUUACUGGCGCAUACAGCGAGAAUCAUGGAGAAGAACAAGAUCUCUAAACGUAAAGAUGAUAUCUGCAGGAAGAUUGUUAUUGAUGGAUUACUUGCCUUUGGAUACGAUGCUUCUAUCUGCAAGUCUCGUUGGGAAAAAUCUCCCUCUUAUCCUGCCGGGGAAUAUGAAUACAUAGAUGUUAUAAUCGACGGGGAGCGAUUGCUGAUCGACAUCGAUUUCAGAUCAGAAUUCGAAAUCGCCCGAUCAACAAAGACCUAUAAAUCAAUUCUCCAAAUUCUUCCCUUCAUUUUCGUUGGUAAAGCCGAUCGUCUCCAGAGGAUAAUUGCUAUUGUUUCCGAGGCAGCAAAGCAGAGCCUGAAGAAGAAGGGAAUGCAUAUUCCUCCAUGGCGUAAAGCUGAGUAUGUCAGCGCCAAAUGGCUCUCUCCUUAUAACCGAGCCACGCCUUCACCUCCUCCACUUACUCCCACACCCACACGCACACCCACAACUGGUACACUUAGAGAAUCUGAAAUUGAUUCCAAAGCUAAAGAGAAAGAUCAGCAACCUUUUACUGAAUUGAAUUCCGAGGAUAAAUACUCGGUUGAAGAUGCUGAGUUGGGUGAGUCUAUAUUUGCUUUGUCUGAGAGCUCUGAAGAAGAAGGGAAGGAAAAGGUGGAGAAAGGAGAGUGGAAGCCACCUGAAAUAAAACCCAAGAGCUCACAGAUUGGGAUUACGUUCGUGACUGGUUUGGCUUCAGUAAUCGAAGAUGAACCAAGAAAAUUUUGACUUUUGAUAUAUAUAUUUUUGGGUCUUCUCUUUUCCCAUUUGGGUUAUUAGUGAAUCAUAAAAUUAUGGUUAACUGUUUAAAUCCCCUUCUGUUUUUUUCAUGUAAGGGUUGAUCUCUGAUUUUACUACUAAUAUGAAAUCAGAUUGUUAUAUUAAAAUAGUUAAAGAAAAGAUAUAAAAAUUUUGUUCUUAAAACUGAUUCCCAAUUAUUGUUUUUCUUAUUCUUAUCCCCUUUUUUUAUUCUUGUUGGGGUUAUUUUAUUAUCAUCUUCUGCAGUGAGGGAUCUUUGAAUUUUGGAAUCAGAGCAUAGAGGAAAAAGGUAAAGAGUUACUGACCCAUCUCUUGUGCUUUGCUCUUUUCUCUUUUUCAAUCUUAAUAUUUUUUAUUCAACUAGUUCAUCAAUUUCUGAUAUUUAAAUGAUGUUGUUUUCAUAGAGUUGAAGUGAAUUAUUAUAGGAUACGAUGAUGGGAAGGAGGUGGCUCGUGCGUUCUCGAGCGCUGUGUUUUUGAGGUUAGGAUGCCUAAGCUAUUCUUUAAUUUGCUUCAAUUGAUACCCUGCUAAUGCCCAAUAAUCAUGUUACUUGUAUUAUUCUAUUGAUGGCAUUAAAUAAUUUUUCUAAUUUUCUAAUUAUUAGGCCUGCUACAGGGUUUUGGGUUGAUGGGUUAAUUCCAUUCCCAAAUUACCUUUUGCUUAGCUAAGCCUAAGGAGAUGGGACCAAACCCACAAAGUUUAAUUAUAAUUAUGGCUACAUCAGUUAAUGCCUUGUGAGGUCUGAGAACUACUCUAAAUGGUAGGUAGAUUAUUUUAAUAGUAACAUAUUAUUAGAACAAAAGCUUUUCUAAUUCUAAAUUUUAGUUGGUUCCUGUCAGUCCACAUACUGGGUUUGGUGAGGGGUUUUUUCUCCUUUUUGUAUAUGUAGUAGUUGGCUUUUCCAUGUAUUGUUUUGAUAUUAUUCUGAUUCUGAUAAUUUUGCCUGAUGAAAUGUCAGUUUCUUCCUUGUAUCUUUCAAAUUGAAGAAAUUGGAAGGUACAUGCAUGUGAAAACUGCACUCUUUUUACCAACACCCAUUUUCUAAGUAAGAUCGGUGUCUUUUGGAUAUAUAUAUAUAAAAAAAAACUCAAGGCAUAUUGUGUUGAAUGGUAUAGGAAGGGGGAAUUUAGCCUUGAGAGGGGAGGCACUGAUGGUCCCCUCCUUUUGAGGUUUUAGAUUAGGACGGUAUCCCCCAUUUUAUGGACAUAAUCUGUUUCACACUGGGUAGGUUGGUGGGUGGGGGAAAUUGUCUUUUACUUCCAAUAGGGGCAAAAUUUACGAAAGGAAGAGCAAUGGGUUGGAAAUUUCCUGCACAAGCUUAUGAAGGACUUUUUUCUUUUUUAACUUGAAUUGAUGACAACAUUGAAAGCUUGGAAAAUACCUUUUUCUUGAAUGGAAUUAUUAAGUUCUAUUAUUAGCCUAUAAUGUAUUAUAUAAUCUCUUCAAAAUUCUAUGCGUCUGUCAGCUCAUUCGCCGAAGCUUCAAAAUUAAAUGAACUCCCUUGUCUAGGUUUCAAACAAAAUUUUACCCCCUUCUUUUUUGUACCAUGAACCUUUUAUUCUUAUCCUGCUUACAUGUAUUUACUGUUGCUACACUUGUCGUUUCUUUGCCUCAUGCAGGGUUCUUUUGGAUGUUUAGUUUUUUUUUCUUUGUCUCACGUUUUAGUAUCUAAUCUUAUCAUUAGUGUUGUUUUUACACUGACCAUAAAUAAAUACAUUGUCCAUAUAAAUGCAAUUUGAUGAUAAUAAUAAGCAAUUCAUCUUGACUAUUUAUAUUGUUUUGCUUUGUGUUAUAAAAAACUCCAAAAUCAAUCAUUGGUUCUGAAAAUUAUUACUCUUAUCAUUUUAAGCCUCUAAUUCUCUGUAAUACUAUGAAAUUUCAGAAUAAAGGUGUUUUUCCCUGAGAUGAAAAAAAUUGGGUCAUGACUAGUUGCAAUUUACUUUGUAAAAGCUUAAAAGACAAAUCUGGGGUUUUUUUUUUUUAAUUUCACUAGAAAUGCACUUAGUGCUAUCGGUACCAAUUCCCAAAAAAGAAAAAGGGUAGUUAGAUAAUUAUAUAAUAAUUAAUGGUAAGAAUUGAAGUUUUGGUAUAAAUUCAUAUACUAAUUUUUGAAGUCGGAAGUCGAUAUCUAUGGUGUAUUGUACUAUCUCAAAAUCUUUUGCCAAAAUUGAAGUUUUGGUAUGAAUUUUAUACUUAUAAUAUGUAGUAGGUUUAUUCAUUAGCUUGAAUAAUUAGAUAUUUACUUAUAAUAUGUAGUAGGUUUAUUCAUUAGCUUCAAUAAUUAGAUAUCAUAGUUCUUUCUUUUGGGUUAUAUAAAAGAGCACAUGUUUACAGCAUGCUUCCAUAAACUAAACACCCUAUAUUAAAAGAUUACAAAACAAGUUUUCCAAUGUGUUAAUUAACAAAACGACAAGAAUAUAACACAAAAGUGAUAAGCUACGAUAGUCAACUUUAUGGGGAUAAAAGAAAAACAGUAGAAGCAUAGAAUAAACGCUACUUUUAGUUAUAUUUAUAAAUUUUCUUUGUAUUCUUCUGUGCCAUUUUAUGUAAUUUUUUUUUAACUGGUGCCUGUUUACUGUUAGUAGUAAUGAUUAAUUCUGCUACUGUGAAAAUUCUUCACAAAGGUAAAUGAUAAAUUACAAAAAGUACUUUAUUUUUGUGAAUGGGACUGAAUUUCGAUUUUUUGAUUAGGUGAGUGAUGUUAGUAAAGAGCCCUCUAGCAGAUUCCUGAAGAAAAAUCAAUAGCCGUCUGCUUGUAUUACAGAGCACCUACCCACAUUUCCGUUGUUCUCCACAAUCCAGUACCGCACCUGUCUCUAACACCUCCUCCUAGAGCGACUCUAUCCUUAUUAUUCCUAGUAGCUUCGUACAUAUUGACUUUAACCCGACCACUAUUCGCAGUCUGGUAUUAUUGUAAAUACGGACAAUAAUAAUAUGUCGAGUGUAAUUGAGUGAUGAUAAAAUAUUCUUAUUAGUAUAAGAUAUCAAGUCACGUAUUAGAGUGUAUUGGUAGAACAGUGUGCUAAGUUGAUGUGCCGCUAGAGAAGGCUAAAAUUUGACACAGCAUUCAUGCUUGUUUAAUGUAUAUGGUGGAUCCAAUGAUUCAUAUAUUUUAAAUUGAAAUAAAAUCUAUUUACUAA